UAGCAGUAACAUUGGCCAUCAGUUCCCCAAACCUAUUUGUUAUCUAUGUAGAUUAGGGGGAGGCAGGGACACAUUUUUUCAAUAGCCCCAUACUAAAAAAUGUUGUACAGCCACUAACUCCAGUUUAAUAGCCUCACUGCCAGAGUAGAAAAGAUCUGUUAUUGAAGAUAGUUAAGAUACAAUUUAACCCUGAAGCAAAAAUUAAAUAAGCAAGGACUUUCAAUCCCAGAAUAGCCCUGUUCAUUGAAAUUAAAGAUGGAACAGGAUUGAAAUACUAGUCCCAACCAGUUACCAACAAAAUAGAUGUAGAUUUUCAAAAAACUUCUUAUCUAGUACUGGAAAGGUUAUGUCUUCAGUAUUUAGUGACAUAACACAAAACAACUGCUUGAUGUUGCAACAAGUAUUGUCUCAGCAGUAGCAAUUUCCAUAACAUGAAUAAGAAAAAACACAGAAAUACACCUUGUAGUAGAGUAGUGGGAGGAGAUCAAAUACACUCUUCCUUUUGUUCAGGAUUUAGUUCCCCUUCAUUCUGGACUUUAAUCACAAGAUGUAAUAUGUUGAGAAAAUUAAUUUUAAGAUCUCCAGAGAUAAUUAACAGGAUGUGUGCAUAACAUUCCUGUUGUAACUCACAUCCUUCCAUACCGAUUUUCUCCUCCCCUUGUUUUUUAAUCAUAUCUUGUUGCAUUAAAUCUAAUUGUCAUCUCUUCAGGGCAGGGAUAUGUCAUUUUAUUUGUCCAUAAAGUACCAGGGUCAGAUAUGGUGUUACAUAAAUUUGACAUGAUAAUAAGUUGCUUAGCAUGUUCUCCUUUUCUGCUGUUUUUCCUCACGUGAUGUCUUAAGGUGGGUUUUCUCUAUGUAGUUAUCUAACCAAGGCCCUCAUGCAGAUAGGGUCUGGAGGAUCAUAAGAACGGCCAUACUGAUUCCUAACAUCCUGUUUGCUUUUUUGACUGCCGCUGCACACUGCGUGGACAUCGUCAGAGAACUAUCCACGAUGACUCCAAGAUCUUUUUCCUGAUUUGUUGUAGCUAAAUUAGCCCCCAUCAUAUUGUGUGUAUAGUUGGGGUUAUUUUUUCCAAUGUGCAUUACUUUACAUUUAUCCACAUUAAAUUUCAUUUGCCAUUUUGUUGCCCCCACUCUUUCAUUUAAUGGGAAACAGUGUGAUCCAGUAGCUAGGGGAGGGGAUUGUGACUUGAGAAAACUGGAUUUUGUUUCUGGUUGUGCCAUGACUGGGCAAGUCACUUAAUAUCUUUCUAUCUCAGAUUCCCCAUCUAUAAAAUAAGGAUAAUGAGUGAAGUACUUCAAGAUCUGUGGAUGAAAAUAUACUAUUGAUUAUUUUGAAGAGUGUAAAGCAUGGGACCAAGAGUUGGAAACACUGAACAAAAUCUGUUUUGAAACAUGUUUUGGGUGCAGUUCUUUUCUAGGCAUGCCUCCGUGCAGAAGAUUUUAGCAAUAAGCAGUGUAACCAGACGCACUUCAAAAUCAGUUAAACAUGGCCGGUCUGUGUGUUUAAGAAGCAUUUUCUUUAACUCUGUCAAAUACUAUCCCACUAAAUUAGUUCUGGGAAUUGAAACUAGUUGUGAUGAUACAGCAGCUGCUGUGGUGGAUGAUACUGGCAAAAUCUUAGGAGAAGCUUUACAUUCUCAAAAUGAAGUCCAUUUAAAAACAGGUGGGAUUAUUCCUCCAGUGGCACAGCAACUUCACAGGGAAAAUAUUGAGCGAAUAGUAAAAGAAACACUCUACGUCAGUGGAAUCUCUCUCGAUGAGCUCUCUGCUGUCGCAACUACUGUAAAGCCAGGACUCGCUUUAAGUCUCAGAGUGGGAUUAGAAUAUAGUUUAAAAUUGGUGGACAAGUAUAAAAAACCUUUCAUCCCCAUCCAUCACAUGGAGGCACAUGCACUUACAAUUAGGCUGAUAAACCAAGUGGAAUUUCCUUUCUUAGUUCUUUUAAUCUCUGGAGGCCACUGUAUCCUGGUAGUAGCACAAGGAGUUUCAGAUUUUCUUCUGCUUGGACAGUCAGUUGAUAUAGCACCAGGAGACAUGCUCGACAAGGUAGCAAGAAGACUCUCUCUAACAAAGCACCCAGAGUGCUGCAGAAUGAGUGGUGGGAAAGCUAUAGAGCACUUGGCCCAACAGGGAAACAGGCUGCAUUACGAACUCAGAGCUCCCAUGCGACAUCAUCGUAACUGCAAUUUUUCCUUUUCCGGACUUUGCUUCAAUGCCACUAGAAUAAUUAUGCAAAAAGAAAAGGAAGAAGGUAUUUUUCAAAGUAAGAUACAUACAAAUUGUACACCUGAUCUGCGGUUAUAUUUGCAAAAACCUCUUUUGCUCACCAUUUCUGCAGGUUUACGGGAGGGACACCUCCUGUCCUGUGUUACAGAUAUUGCUGCUGCAGUACAGCAUGCAGUAGCACUUCAUAUUGUCCAGCGAACACACCGGGCUAUUCUAUUCUGCAUAAAAAGUGGCAUCUUAUCACAAACAAAUGCAACUUUGGUUGUAUCAGGAGGAGUUGCAAGUAAUCAGUAUAUCCGAAGAGCUCUGCAAAUUGUAACAGAUGAAACUAACUUCAAUUUGCUGUGUCCUCCUUCCAGACUCUGUACUGACAAUGGUGUUAUGAUUGCCUGGAAUGGCAUUGAAAGGAUGCGUGCAGGCUUAGGUGUGUUACAUAGCACAGAUGGCAUACGCUAUGAACCAAAAGCUUCUCUUGGAAUUGAUAUCUCAGAACAAGUUGGAGAAGUUGCCAUCAAGGUACCAAGUCUAGAAGUCUCCCAAAAUGAACUUGCAACUAUCAACUUAUAACACAUCCAGUUUGGGAAUUAUUGUUCAUGGCUAUUAUUAAAAUGUUUAUGUUUCCUAGCCUUCUCUUACUAAGACAUAUCUGACCAAUGUAAGCACCCUUAUGGGCAGCUGUGCUAUUUAGUAAUUAAAACAGGGAGCUGGAAGUCAGGAGAGUUAUUCUCUUCUCAUAUGCCAUUGACUCCUUGCAUGACCUUAGACUUAUGUCCCUUAUUUUUCCCAGGUGUAAAAUAGGAAUAAUUUAAUAGUGCAAUCAUUACCUUUGGAAAGCACUCAGUUAAAGAUCUCUAGAUAAAUGAAAAGUAUCAGCCUUAAUUAUUAUUAACUAUAUACUCAAAUAUCCUUUUGUAACACAGAACAACGUUUUAUAGAGGCAAAUUUUCAUAGCACUUCAAGAUUUUGGCUACAUGAGUCCAUUGAUCUUAAAACUCGGCACAACAUUUUAAAAAUGUACCCAUAAGAGUGGAUAUAGAUUAGUCUGAGAGUGCCUAUCUGAAGACAGAAGAUGCAAGUAUGUGUAGCAGCUAUUUUGCAGCUCUUGUAUCUAUUAACAGAAGGCAUUGUCUGAUUAGAAAUAGAAGCUUAAAUUCACCAAAAUAUAAAACAACCUGCACACAAUAGCCUUCAUUGAUGCCCGUGAGUGAUGAAUUUGAAAUUAUUUUCAAUGCAUUUAUUCUUUACUACUGCAGUAAAUUUAAUUCUUCACAGACAGACCGCCUCCUUCCAUCCCACACACAAUUUUCUUGUGAAAAGAGUUCAGGUUUCCAAAAUUAGGCGUCUGUGUAUUAGCAACUGGCAUCAAGAAAUUCUGUUCCGAAAGACUAUUCCCAAACCUACAGGAUAUUGCAUGGAUACAAAUACUUAUCUGCUACAUUGUUGGCACUGGACUCAAGCUUUCUUUCCUGGUGAAUUAAGCCGGAGCUUGCUGACAUUAAAAAUUCUUGGUCUUGA